UCUGUUGAGAGCUGAAAGGUCAUUUUCAUAGCCAUUUGAGGACUCACGUCACUCAGAUUCAGAUUAUCUAAUCUGGGUGUUAUUUCUUUAUUUGCCAACCUCAUCACAACAGGGAUGGAAGCAAGCAAACAGAGAACCAGUCCUUAAAUGGGAGCUAGUCCUUCCGCUUCCUCCCACUUACUUUCUCCGCCUAUGGGUCCGCAGCUGAGAUUGCGGGUACGUUUGUGUGUGAGAAAAACCACCUGCCCUUGCACCUGCUUUUGCUAGUCCAGGGCUACAUGUCACGACUCCGCCCGCAGACAUCCUGGAGCCAACCCAUGCCUUCUCUGGGGCUCUUGGAACCAUACUAUUGAAGAAAAGGCUUCCUCGAGAGGAGAUUCCACUGGAAUCUAGCUUAACAGGAAACCAGAAUCAGGUCCAGAUUCACCUAUUUCCCAACAGAAGCUGUGAAGGUUCCGCGGACGCCUCUUUCGUUGCGGUCGAAUUUGAGCGGGCCGCGCGAGGCGCUCCCUCCCUCCUUCCUCUCUGCCCGUCAAGAGCGAGGCAGGUGAUGGGAGCAGCCCCGCCUUUACCUCGCUGUGGAAAGUCACCUCUAGCAAUGAUUUCGUCAGCGGGGAAAUUCAAGCGCUUUGCAUAUCCAAGCUUACCGCACCAUUAUCUCUGCGGCUUGCCUGAGCCUGGCCUCCGCCCGCCCCCGGACCGGGAGGCUAUAAAAUGGGAAGGCGCGCCAACCGUAGCAGAAGGGUAGUGCUCUCCUUCGAUGGCCAGCAGGAACCGGGCAUUUACACCACGUAAAAGAUUGCCUGGCAUCGAAGACAGCCUGUUCCGUGACGGUGGACAAAUGGCAAGUUGCAGCUCUCAGAGCCUCGGAGGCGCCCUGCUUUUCCUGGGAUGGCACCUAAUUCAAACCACUCUUAGUACAACAGUAAUCCCACUAUGUGGAGUAAAUAAGACUGAAAACUGUGUAACUACUGUAGGAACUGUUGUACCCAUAACUCAGGUGGGAAGAGAGACAGAAUGCAAGCCAGAAUGGCGAAGUUACUGUUUUAAUGGAGACUGCAGAUACUCAGAGACUUUGGAACGAUAUUACUGCAGGUGCAAGGAGGGCUGGAUUGGUGAACGAUGUAGCCAUUCAAAUCUGAACCUGGUCAAAAAACCCUUGAGCAAUGAAUACUUGGCAUUUACUAUCCUCUUGUGUCUAUUUUUCUUCAGUGCAAUUUUAUUAUCAAUAUACUUUUACCGAAGGUAUCUAAAUAAGAAGGAGAGACUUGCUACAAGCAAAAAUUAUAAAGAGGUUGCUACAGAUGCUGAAAAAGACCAAAAUCUUCUUCAUGUAUAAAAUAAGGAUUCAUACAGAAUCCAUUUAUUUAAUAAUAUAAACAAAUAUUUUAUUAAUAUUUAUAAGUGAAAGAAUUUCAAGUUUUGAUCAGAGAAUAUAUGUAAAGGUCAAAGCACUAUUUUUAUAAAUGUCAUUUAUAUUUGUAUUUUAUUUUUUAUUCAAUGCUGUGUCUUUGAAAUGUUUUCAUAAUGUAAUGCUAUGAUGUCUUGCAUUUAUAUCUGUGAAUUGUUACAUAUGAAUGCAUGUAAAAUUUAUUUUACCAUGGUUGUAUUUAAUGCACUACAAAAUACUAAAUGUUGCUGUUUUCUUCACUGGAAGAAAGGUUUUAGUUGGAAAAAAUUAGAAGGAAUCUUUAUUUAUUAUAAAGAUGAAAUCUUCCUAAUUGUUCUAAUUAGCUGUUUCCUUAGAAAUAAGAAUAGAAAGUGUCAUAUUGUAAAUUUGUGCACUUAUUUAUUUCUUCAUUAAAAUAUUGUUUGCUCA